UCUCACAUGCUGUAGUGCACUUGUUGUUGUGUAGAUUGUGUUUAUUCCGGCAAACCAAAUAACGACCUGUCAUUGUUCGGGUUUAAAUCAUCGUUCUCAGUGUUGGACUAAUAAUGCGUCGUUGUUGUUGAACUACUUAGUUAAGUCACGGAGUGAAGGAAUCAAACAUCUACAACAAUGGAUCCAACACCUGUGAAAAGACAGAAGCUUGAUGAGAUAUGUGAAGAAAAAUCUACAGAGGCUAGGCUCGGCACAACUUCUGAAAUUGAUGAUUCAGAAAUACCCAACAUAAAGCAGGAUGUGACUGCAGCAUCUGAUGUCUCAGGUAACAGUGAAAAAAGGCAAAUUCCAGAUGGAUAUAACACAGACCUGAGGCUCAAAGAGAGAGAUGUUGGAAUCACAGAAUAUAUUAGCCAUCACAAAGGGUUCAGUGGCAUUCUGAAACAAAGGUACUCAGAUUUCAUUGUCAAUGAAAUAGCCUUGGAUGGCCAUGUGGUGAAGCUACUAGACUUUUCUAUACCUAAAGCAGAAAGUCAGGAGACCGAUUCCUCAUCAAAUGUAGACUGUAUUCCAGAUGAAGACAAAGCAAAGCUGCAGGCAUUACUUGACAGUAAAAACAUGGCAGAGGCCGUGUAUAUAAAGGUCAGUGAUAGCAAAGAGGAACGUACUCAAAUUCAUAAAGCAAUACGGACUAACUACCCAGGAUUGGAAAGUACCACAGAAGAAGAUGGAUUACAGAAACUGAUCAAAGUCACACUCAAAUCUGCAGCUGAUCAGCGAAGGACAAGGUGGCCACAGGGUAGAGGAGACUACUGUAAAUUUGUUCUUAGCAAGGAAAACAAGGACACUAUGGAUGCUCUCAACCUCAUUGCAAAACUAAUAAGGGUGAAACCCAACUUGUUUUCCUAUGCAGGUACAAAAGAUAGGAGAGCCAAAACUUCUCAAGAGGUCACAGCAUAUAGGGUGACUGCCGAUGUUUUAAAAGGCGUAAACAAAUCAUUGAGAAACAUGGCGAUGGGGAAUUUUAGAUAUUGCCAAAAACCUCUCCAUCUUGGAGAGCUUCGGGGAAACAAAUUUACAAUUGUGCUCAGACAAGUCACGGGUACAGAUGAUCAGAUUGAAUCUGCCUUGAACUCAUUGGCUGAAAUGGGAUUUCUAAACUAUUACGGAAUGCAGAGAUUUGGUACAACAUCUGUUCCUACACAUCACAUUGGCAGGGCUUUGAUGUGCAGUCGAUGGCAAGAAGCUGUGGAAAUGAUUCUGAAACCAAGAAAUGAAGAUGACGCUGAGAUGGCAGAGUGCCGACGUGUGUGGUGGGAAACCCUUGAUGCUAAAAAGGCCUUGUCUUUGGUGUGCAAGCAUAAAUGUAUAGAGCAAAGUUUGCUGCGUGGAUUGGUGAAGAUGGGUCCAAACAAUUAUGCUGGAGCACUGAGUAUGAUUCCAAGAAACACUCGUACUAUGUAUGUGCACAGCUAUCAGUCCUUUGUGUGGAACACUGUUGUGUCCAGGAGAAUAAAACAGCUAGGCCUGAGACCAGUUAAAGGUGAUCUGGUACAGCCUAAAAACACUGCGGCAGAAGAUGAAAUUGUCCCACCAUUAGUUAUGACUGAUGAUAAUGUGGAAAAUUAUGGGAUUGGUGAUGUGGUUCUGCCUCUUCCUGGAUAUGAUGUCACUCUUCCAGAAAAUGAAGUUGCAGAAUGGUACAAACAAAUGCUUCAGGAUGAUGGAUUAAGCCUGGAGCAAUUCAGACAUAAAAACAAAGAUUAUUCCCUUCGUGGAGCAUACAGAAAACUGAUUGUGAAACCGGAAAACUUGCAGUGGUCAUGUAGCAGGUAUGACGAUCCAACAGUUCCCCUUGUGCUUGGUGAUCUGGACAUUCUCAAUGGUGUAUCAGUGCAAGAAUCACCUGAUGAUGGAAAAUUAAAGGCCUUACGGAUUGAGAUGUCACUGCCAACAUCCUGUUAUGCUACCAUGGCGGUACGAGACAUUCUCAAAGUGGACACCUCUAGUGCAUAUCAGGCAACACUUAAUCCCUCAUAAGACUUUUGAAUGACCUGAUAGUGUGCAGGUACAGCCUCCUGUUACAAACAAUUUCAUUCUGAUUAAUUUAGUUCGAACUCCAUGGUGAAGUACUUGUGAAAAUUGAUAUCACAGUUGUUUCCUGAAUGUGUUGUUGACCUAAUGAUUUCCAUUCCUAAUCUGUACAUCAGGUGCAAUUAAAUCAGUG